AACAAAUAGUACAAGCUGAAACUUGUUUAAAAGGAUUAUAUAUUAAAUUAAAACAAAAAUUAACAAAUUUAGAAGAGAUUAGAGAAGAAUCAUCAACACCAAUCAUAGUUGAAGAUGAUGAUAUAUUUGCAAAUAUGUGGAUUA